ACCUUGAGAGUCAAGGUUACCUGUGUCGGCUGUAUUUGGGUCAACAGCUCGAACACUGAUUCCUAACAGCAGUUACCUUCAGGACCAGCUAACUGCACAGCAAUCAUGUCGGCAUAUCCUAUGACUGAUCAUGAUAAAAGAAAGCAGAUCAGUAUUCGCGGGAUCGCCCCUGUUGAAAAUGUUGCUAAUACAAAGAAAACUUUUAACCGGCAUCUCCAUUAUACUCUUGUGAAAGAUCGAAACGUCGCAACCCCCCGGGAUUACUACUUCGCCCUCGCCUACACUGUCCGGGAUCAUCUUGUCAGCAGGUGGAUAAGGACGCAGCAAUAUUAUUAUGAAAAGGAUCCAAAGAGAGUGUAUUACCUGUCCCUGGAAUUCUACAUGGGACGUACAUUGGCUAACACCAUGAUCAACGUUGGCAUUCAAAGUUCCUGUGAUGAGGCCAUGUACCAGCUGGGACUGGAUAUAGAAGAACUUGAAGAGAUUGAGAUGGAUGCUGGACUGGGAAAUGGUGGUCUGGGACGACUAGCUGCGUGUUUCCUUGACUCCAUGGCAACACUAGGACUGGCAGCCUAUGGCUAUGGUCUGCGCUAUGACUAUGGCAUCUUUGCUCAGAAAAUAUGCAAUGGAUGGCAGAUGGAGGAACCUGAUGAUUGGCUGCGCUAUGGCAAUCCGUGGGAAAAAUCUCGACCAGAGUACAUGCUUCCAAUUAACUUCUAUGGUCGCGUAGAGACAGAUUCCAGUGGUCAUCAUAAGUGGGUUGACACGCAGGUGGUGUUGGCUUUGCCAUAUGACACUCCUAUCCCUGGAUAUGGCAACAACACUGUCAAUACGCUUCGUUUGUGGUCUGCCCGUGCUCCCAUGAGCUUCAAUCUGCAAUUCUUCAACAGUGGAGACUACAUUCAGGCUGUUAUUGAUCGCAACUUGGCUGAAAACAUUUCACGUGUGCUGUAUCCAAAUGACAAUUUCUUUGAGGGCAAGGAGCUACGUUUGAAGCAAGAGUACUUCCUAGUUGCUGCUACACUGCAGGAUAUCAUUCGGCGCUUCAAAUCCACACGUCCUGGGAAACAGACUUCAGUGCGCACUUCAUUUGACGCUUUUUCUGAUAAGGUAGCUAUACAGCUGAAUGACACUCACCCAUCUAUGGCCAUUCCAGAACUUAUGCGAAUUCUGGUAGACAUCGAGAAUCUGCCCUGGGAAAAGGCUUGGGAGAUUACAGUGAAAACCUGUGCCUACACAAAUCACACCGUACUUCCAGAAGCUCUGGAGCGCUGGCCUAUCAGCCUUCUGGAGAAGAUUCUUCCACGCCAUCUUGCUAUUGUGUAUGGAAUCAACCACCACUUCCUGCAGGAAGUAAGCAGGAAGUGGCCUAAUGAUCCAGAUCGUCUCAGGAGAAUGUCAUUAGUUGAAGAAGAUGGCGAAAAGCGUGUCAACAUGGCAUACUUAGCGAUUGUGGGUUCACAUGCUGUCAAUGGAGUGGCAGCCAUUCAUUCUGAUAUUCUGAAGGCAGACACUUUCCGUGAUUUCUAUGAAAUGUAUCCAGAACGGUUCCAGAACAAGACAAAUGGCAUCACCCCACGGCGGUGGCUGUUGCUUUGUAACCCUGGUUUAGCAGACGUCAUAGCAGACAAAAUUGGAGAAAAUUGGGUGACUAACUUGAGCGAGCUGAGGAGACUACAACCAAUGAGUCGAGAGGAACAGCUGUUGCGGAAUAUCAUGAAAGUCAAACAGGACAACAAAAGUAAGCUAGCUACUUACAUCCAGGAAAACUACAAGGUGACUGUGAACCCAGCCUCCCUGUUUGACAUGCAGGUCAAACGUAUCCAUGAAUACAAGCGUCAGCUGCUCAAUGUUUUGCAUGUCAUCACCAUCUACAACCGCCUCAAGAAGAACCCAUCUAUGUCCUUUGUACCUCGUACAGUCUUGAUUGGAGGCAAGGCUGCUCCUGGAUACCACAUGGCCAAACUGAUCAUUAAACUUGUCAACAAUGUUGGUCGUACAAUCAACAACGAUCCCAUUGUUGGUGACCGCCUGAAGCUUAUCUUUCUGGAGAACUACCGUGUAACGCUGGCAGAAAAAAUCAUCCCGGCAGCAGAUUUGAGUGAGCAGAUUUCUCUGGCUGGCACCGAAGCCUCUGGUACAGGCAACAUGAAAUUCAUGUUGAAUGGUGCCUUGACCAUUGGAACUCUGGACGGGGCUAAUGUAGAGAUGCGCGAGGAGAUGGGUGAUGAAAACAUUUUCAUCUUUGGCAUGACAGUGGACGAUGUGGAGAAGCUGCACAAGGCUGGAUACAAUUCUAUGGAUUACUACAACAGAGAACCAGAGCUAAAACAGGCAAUUGAUCAAAUUGGGUCUGGAUUCUUUUCUCCAGAGGACCCUAACCUGUUCAAGGACAUCUGCAACAGCUUGCAAUACCAUGACAGAUUUUGCCUGUGUGCAGAUUUCAAUGCAUAUAUUAAAUGCCAGGAAAGAGUCAGUGCUCUGUUCAAGAAUCAAAUGGAGUGGGCACACAAGAGUCUGAUGAACAUUGCAGCAUCUGGCAAAUUCUCCAGUGACCGAACCAUAACUGAAUAUGCCAAGCAGAUAUGGGGUGUGGAUCCCUCUGGCAUCAAGCUCCCAGCUCCAAGUGAAGGGCAGGAGGAGAGUACUUAAACUUCUACAGUAUUAGUGCUGCGAAAGUCUCUUAUACCUGUUUCGUAUGCCCCUUCUAAACGAAGGAGAUGAGGGUUAAUGAAGAGUACAGAAGAGAGUCUAGGGUGCUUGUUUAGCGUUGAAGCUGCCUUUUCAAAAGCGACUCAACCUUUCCGUGAUUUUUAUUACAGGCCUUGACAUCUGAAAUAAGUGUAUGUUUCAGAAAUAAUUUUGUGUAGUAACUGUCCCAGUCAUUUUGGUGUUCACAACCCUUAGCAGUUACUUGGCUAUGCAGCCACAAGACUUGAAUAUGGUAGUUUUUGCUUUAAAUUUGUGUUCCAGUCAGUCAAGGAGUGACUCUACAGCCAACUCAAAGUGUGUUUGUUUGUAUUUUUUGAACUGUGGGUGCAUUCUUGGAGAAUGCUAGUUAAUGAUAAUCUAAAGGUGUUACCAAAGCAAAGUGCUACUGUACCUGGGGACAUGCAUUUUUUCAUAAAAGUCUUUGUGUUCUUCAAUAUUUUUCCAUGCAUUGAUGAUAGAUCUGUCACCGUGUGGUUUUCUUACAAGUAUCGAAGUAAAAAUGCUUACUUUAAUAUCUGCCAUUGGGUUUACCUUAAGUUUUAACAAACUUUGUACCCCUAACCAAAGCCCAUUCCUCCCAAGUUAGAGACCUCAAGUGUUUGGAUUUUGGUAAUGUAAUCAUGUCUUUUUAUUUAUCACCCUUGUGACAAUGUAUGCUGAUGUGAUACGUGAAAGUGCACAUUUAUUCCAAUAGAAAUUUCUUUAGAAAAAUAUAUGCUGUGAUUGUUGCACUAAGAAAAGUAAUCAGUGGCCAUUGCUCUGGUACAAACAUACAUCAGCUCAAUCCAUUUUGAAGAACAUCAAAACGAAAAUCCUGUGAUGGAAUAUUUGUUGGUCAUUGUGCACAGAAAUGGAUGUCAUAUAUUUUUUGGGUGUACUGACACCAGGUGUCUUGGCGAUAUGACCUGAAUGCUGAAGCUUAUGCUCAUAGUAAGCAAGAACAAACCAUAAGCUUAGCUGCAGUGGAUGUGCAUUCAAAAAAAAGCAUUUAUUUUUCUCUUGAUGAUUUUUUUUUUUUUUUGUGUGUAUACCUUUUACCCUCACUGUGCUCAUUUCGAGAAAAACCGACUUCCCAUUACUGCAUUUUUUAUAUUUUUCUGUAUGAAGGGUCAUGUAACACAACAGCAAGCAUAAGAAGGGUAAAAUGAAUCAUCACAAGUCGUCUUUCUGUGUAUUGUCUGUAAUAAGCUGGAUUCAGAUGUUUCAAUUAAGUCAAAUGAUGUGUUAAAAGUCCAACAUCUGCAUCCUAUGUGAAUGUGACAAGCAAAACUGGACCAGAUCUAUACAAACCUAGAUUUACUUCAGUAGGUUUGAGAAGUUAUGGAGGGAAGUCUCUUACUCAAAAUAACAAAAUUCUUCCGAAAGAAAAUAGGACGUUGUUUUGUGACUGAAUUAGCUGGCGAUAAACAGCAUUCAGGUGUGCACAGCUAGCAAACAUUCCUCCCUCAUUAUUUAGGGAUUUGUUUGCAGUAUAUUCUUGUGUUUGUUCCUUACUGGGCAAUGCUCAGAGUUGAGUUUUAGAUAUUAAGAAAUACAUUUAUUGAGUUAGCUCUACUCCCUUGAUGUGCAUGGACAUGUACACUGACAUACCAUGUGUGGAGUUAAAUACAGAUACAUCGUAAGAAAUUUUUUUCCACGUUUCUGGGGUGGGGAAAAGGGGUAAAUGUGAAGUAGUUCUUACUGGCACAAGUAUAUGUCUUAAGGGACAUGAAAUUAUGUUUGCACAAGAGCCUUUGCACAAAUUUUCACAAAUCAGCCUUAGCAGGUCUGUUUGCACACUGUGUCUAGAAUUUCUUUAGGACAAGCUGUAUAUAAUAUUAAUGAUAAUAAGCUAAAAAACCAGUUUGAUCACUUAUUAAUGGCUUGCAGACCUUUGCUGAUAGCAACGCUGAAAUCUAGGUUCUUGUUUUUUAUUUUGAAAAGUCAAAAAUGCUUUUUGCUUGAUCAAAUGUUAAUCAGAGAGUAGAUAUAGUUGCUGCUUUUUUGCACUUCGAAAUUUAUUUUCAGCACGGUCUUUAUAUUAAUUGGUAUUAGUACUGGUAAACUGAUGUGUGGAGGCAAGGGUGACCUUAACAUUUAGGCUUUCUUUUGUGCAGUGGACCUAAUCUCCCAGUCCUAUUCAAAAUCAUUACAAUUUUGUCCACAAAAUAUGUGACUGGCAUUGGGAUAGGAGUGUUGGUUACUAUUCAGAAACUCCAUUCAGUGCCACUGAGCUUUUUUUGUGUCUCAAGUGUGAUAUGUUUACAGCGUGGUGUAAUGAGUUCUGAGCCAGAAAAAGCUUUUACCUGGUCUUAGCCCAAGGUGGAUGUACUUACGAUCAGUACAUCUACUGAGGAUUCCUACCUUUAGAGACCAGAAUGUUGUUUGGCCUUUAAGUUUGCCUAUAGUUUGUUGUUCAUUAUUCUUGCGACAAUAAAGUAUGCACAUGUUU